GAUUAAAAUAAUCAUUGAACGUUUAAAUCUCUUUCUCUUUCUCUCUCUCUCUCUCUCUCUCUCUGCUUGUUGCGUAUGGAGAAGAGUUGUUUUGUAUGAAAAGUCAGCGACUCCCUCUCUCUCUCUCUAAGCUAUUUUUCUUUCACCACUUCGGUUGUUCUGGACAAGAACAUCAGUCUCAAUAACCUUCAGAGCCUGUUUGGUUUUCAGCUCUCUAAUCAGCAAAACCCAUCUCCCCAGGCGAUUUUAGCUUUCCACAGCGUAAUCAAGUGUAUGUCUUCUACGUCUGUUCGGUGCAAGUCACACCACACGACUCAAAUGGCACUCCUCUUCAUUCUCUUCUUCUCCAGAUGCAGCCAUGCGUAGCUACCUCCCUCAACCAAUGGACAAUUACCAAGGCGAUUUGGCUGACGUGGUCCGAGCAAGCGGCGGAGCCAUCGGUGCCGGCGGCGCCGCCCAAGCCUCCUCGGCCCAACCCGAUUGGCAGUUCCCCUCCAGCCUGAUGGAAACCACAGAUCAUGAUUUCGGUGACCCUUUCUCCAACAUGCGAGAUCCGCUGCUCUACGAGCUCGACAUCGCCAGUUCUGGCUUCUUCAGGGGCCCCAAUUCCGCAGACCUGAUGGAAGCCAGUGUAAUUGAGGAAGCCAGCGGGAACAAUUAUAGCACCGGAAACAGCACUAGUAUUUUCUCGCGGACGCUUCAGAUCUCGCCCAACGUCGGCGCUCACCAGCUGCCGGUUUCGCCGUGCGAAUCCGCGGCCGCCGCCGCGAUAGGAAUUAGCGGCAGCAGUACAAAUUCUCAUGGGGUGUUGGUUUCCAAUGACUUGGUUACUGCUAGCAUCUCCCCCAGAAGUUGCUUGGGUGAUGCCACUGGAGGGGUGCAGAUCUCGUCGCCCCGAAAUCCGGGUAUCAAGCGAAGGAAGAGCCAGGCGAAGAAGGUAGUUUGUAUUCCAGCGCCAGCACCUGCUAACAGCAGACCUAGUAGCGGGGAAGUAGUUCCAUCUGACCUGUGGGCAUGGAGAAAAUACGGUCAGAAACCCAUCAAGGGCUCCCCUUACCCAAGGGGCUACUAUAGAUGCAGCAGCUCGAAGGGUUGCUCUGCAAGGAAACAAGUGGAGCGGAGCCGAACCGAUCCCAACAUGCUGGUCAUCACCUACACUUCUGAGCACAACCAUCCAUGGCCAACCCAAAGAAACGCGCUCGCCGGCUCCACCAGAUCUCAGCCAUCAAAAACCAAUGCUGCUUCAAAAACUACCAGUAACCCAGGCUUCGACCCUCAAAGGACUAAUUCAAACCAAAAGGAAGAUAUUAUGAAUAAUAAUCAAAAGGAUGAGGAGCACAACAGCGGUGUUAAUGCUUCUGAUCAUAUUCUCUCAUGUAGUGCAUCAGCAGUUAAAGAGGAAAUGGGAGAAGUAGAGAAGCAAUAUUUGGAGAUGGAGGAUGGAGAAUUUGGUGAAGGGUUUGCCCAGACUAGUUACAGGCCAGCACUGCCUGAUCAGUCUAACCACCAGCCAGAGGACUUCUUUGCAGAUUUGGGAGAAAUAGAGGCUGACCCACUGAGUAAUCUGCUGUUUACAGAGGGCUUUGAGGAAGAUCAUGAGGGGAAAGAAAGCAAGGGUACUGGCAUGGAUCCAUUCAGCCUCUUUGGCUGGACAGGACACACUAACAGCUCAUCAUUUGGAGAAGCCAAGAGGGGUUUAUAAUUAGAAUAAAGCCCUUCAAACAUGCAAUCCACCGUACCCUAUAUAUAUAACAAGAUACAUUUAUAUCAAUGGAGAGAGUUAAUUUUCUGCA